GGAAAGAGGUUUAAAAUAAUUUAGUUUAUUUAUUUUUAUUCAAAUAAAUAAGGAAUUAAAAUUUUAUCGAUUUUUCAGUCUCUCGUGGCUUCGGAUUUCCCCUGCAAUGGCGCUGCUUCAUACAGUCUCUUCGCCUUCUUCUUCGUCGUCUCUCACUCCGACUUCUUCCUUUAAAACCUUCUUCAAUCCUGGAUCUGUUCCUCUGCCGUCUCCGUUGCUGUUGCCGUUGAUUCGUCAGAGUUUCAGCCGCCGGCGAUGCAAACUCGCUUCCUUCCGGUGCUCGUCGUCGUCGUUCUCCGAGAAGCACCACAACGCGAAUCCGGCUAAGUCCGAUGACGUCACCGAGCUUCCUCUCUUCCCUCUCCCACUCGUUCUCUUCCCUGGCGCGAUCCUCCCGCUCCAGAUCUUCGAAUUCCGGUAUCGAAUCAUGAUGCACACCCUCCUACAGACCGAUCUCCGGUUCGGCGUCGUCUACUCCGACGCCGUAUCCGGAUCCGCCGCCGAGGUCGGUUGUGUCGGCGAGGUCGUCAAGCACGAGCGGCUGGUGGACGACCGAUUCUUCCUCAUCUGCAAGGGUCAGGAGCGGUUCCGUGUUACAAAUCUCGUCCGCACGAAACCCUACCUCAUCGCGGAGGUGACGUGGCUCGAGGACCGGCCAUCGGGGGAGGAGAAUCUGGAAUCCCUGUCGAACGAGGUGGAGGUUCUGAUGAAGGAGGUGAUUCGAUUGUCGAACAGAUUGAAUGGAAAACCGGAGAAGGAGGUGCAGGAUUUGAGGAGGAACCAGUUCCCGACGCCGUUCUCGUUCUUCGUCGGGAGCACGUUCGAAGGAGCCCCAAGGGAGCAACAGGCAUUGCUGGAGCUCGAGGACACGGCGGCGAGGUUGAAGAGGGAGAGGGAGACGUUGAGGAAUACGCUCAAUUACUUGACCGCUGCUUCUGCAGUGAAGGAUGUCUUCCCAUCGUCUUAGCACUUAUUCGGUAUAUAGAAUUUCUGUUUGCUAUUUUCUACGUUAUUUGAGUAAUUGAAUACACAAAAUUUUAUAAAACUGUAUAAAGUUUGUAAGAUGGAAUCAUUGUAGAUUACAGUAGUUUUUGGUGAUAUUAGAUGUUGGGUAUUGGAUAGGAUUGUGGAUCAAAGGAUCAUGGAAAAGGGUUGCUUUCU